UGUGUGUGCGUGCGUGUGUCUGGGUGUUGCUGAGUGCAUUCUUAAUGCAGUGGAAAAUCGUUCUGACGUUGUGGUUCAGUUGUCGYUGUGCCGUCCGACAGUCGGUUUACUUCAGCGCAUUUGCACGUCUGUGCGAAAGUCAGAAUAAAACUGCAACUGAAACUGAAACAGAAAUUUCAAUUAGUGCACAUAAAUUAGCAAAAAUCAAUGGCAUAGGCAAAAAUAAAUAUAAAGAAUCAUAAUACAAGACAAUAAACAUAUGAGCCGCGAUCAAGUGACCUGGCCCAAUUCGGAAAUUCAUGCCAGUGGUGCAAUGUCUCUAAAAUGCUGCAGUUGCACAAACCAAUAAAUUGGGCGCACAAUUCAGCUUCAGCUCCACUUCAGACUUUCAAUCAGUUGCGUUUGGGCUGCGGGCAGAAUGACAACGACUGCCAUGGCGGCAGGUGCAUCGAAUGGAGUCAGUGAUCAGGCCGGCACAACAGCAGCGAAUCAAUAUGUGGAGGACAUCGAGUGUUUGCGCAAACUGUUUCGAUCGAAGAAUUUAACAAAGUUCAGCAUCGGCCGAAUCUCGUGCAGCGCGGGCAGCAGCAGCGGCGACAACUACAUGUCCUUGGUGAAGCGGGUGACAAUCCAUGAUGCGGGUAAAGAAGCUGCUGAUUUGCUGGACAGACUUGUAUCCAUCGUCCAGCAAAUUGAAGUCAAGCUGCUCAGCUGUUCAGCUUGCGAAAGAGCGAGGGAGAAGCGGAGCCUCCAUCAGAGCAUCAAUGCGGCAGCMGCAACGCCGCUCAGCGUGAUCUGUCACGGCGAUCUCUGGCUGAACAAUCUAAUGUUUCGCUCACAACCCGAGGAGGUCAUCUUCUUCGAUCUGCAAGCCAUGCGACGCACCUCGCCCGUGUUUGAUCUAUUGCACUUCAUAUACACYAGCACGCACCGCCAGCUGCGCGACGUGCACACGGACACAUUGCUGGCUGCCUACGCAGAGGCGCUGCGCAAGGAGCUGGGCCAGCAGCUGCGUCAUACGCCGGCGGCCAACCAGCUGGCUGAGCUCUGUGAGAUCUUCUCCUUGCAACGCCUCAGCGAGGACUAUGUGCGUCACGUGCACUACGGAUUGGCCAUUUCCAUGUGGAUACUGCCUGCCGUCACCUUUGAUCCCAACAAUAUACCCGACCUGGAUGUGAUAAGUGAGCUGAACCUGAAUGGAAAAGAGAUUAACUGUACGCAGAAGCUGACGCCCGAGUAUCAUCUGCGUAUCAGAGAUUUGGCCCUGGAGUUCUACGAGCACGGCUACCUGGGCGUGUGAUUAGGUGCACCACUAGUAGUUAUUAAACCCUUUAAGCCAAGUUGUUUUCAUCUCAAUAAACACAAGCAAUAUCCCUGAGUCCACUUUGUUACUGUUAUCUCAGUGCGAUGCAGUUGGUCAAGGGAAAUCCCGUUAUAACAAGGACAUUUGCAGCAUUUGUUGCUUCCUUUAUUACCAAUGAUUCCUCACUAUUGUAGCUUAAACGAAUUUUGUUGAUACGUGUUCUAUGUUGGCUGGUCGUUGGUAAU